AUGCCUUCCAACCACUCCGCAGUUCCUCCUCAAGAGGUAACAGGAACAACUCAAUUACCUUUAUCACGCAUCAAGAAGAUAAUCGGGACUGAUCAAGACAUAAACAUGUGUUCCAACAAUGCCGCAUUUGUUAUCACUCUAGCCACGGAAAUGUUCAUUCAAUACAUGGCCGAAUCAGGUCAUAAUGUUGUCAAGUCUGAGCGCAAACCUCGUCGUAACAUUCAAUACCGUGAUCUAUCCUCCGCCGUCUCCCACAUCGACAACCUCGAAUUUCUCAGCGACAUGGUCCCCAAGACCGUCCCCCUCAAACUCGUCAAAGCCAACGCCCACAUGGCCAACAACCUCGCCAAAGCCAAAUCUACUGUCCCCGCCACCAACCCUCCCUUUCCCCAAUCCUCCACCUCGCACGCCGGUCCCUCAGCCACAACCCCAAACCCCAACUCCUUCCCUCAAUCCCCCCUCCUCGACACCGCACCUCCCCGCGUUUCCGUCUCCGGCCUACUAGAAGACUCCGCUUCGGGCCCCGCAUCCGCAUCUACUUCCACACCAGCUCUCAACCAAAUCCAACCCCACCCUCAAGCCCAACCUCAAGCCCAACCUCCAUCUCAAUCUCAACCCCAAACCCAAAACAACUCCCCCAUAGUCACCACCCCCGCCCACCCCAUCACCAUCCCCAACGGUUUCACCCCCACCAACGGCUUCACUCCCGCCAACAAACUCCAAAAACAGCAAGAACAGCGAAGAGUCAGCACCGCCACCGAAGACGAAGAUCCCAAUGCGCAAUUGCGCAUGGAGAGUCAAGCUAAUAGCGACGAUCAUGAUGAGGAAGAAGAUGAUGAUGUUGAGAUGAGUUAG